CGGACCAUCUGGAGAUCAUCUCAUGGACACGCUGUGGUGAUUGUCUCACGAUCAGUGUGUGUACAAUCCGGCAAUCAUGAUGUCACUGCAAAGGUGGGGACGGAUUGCCCACCAUAUCGGCAGUUGGAUUGCUUGGCAUGCAUGAUUGGCGAUGGUAUUAGUAUGUCAGUUAGCAGUUGUAUUACUUGGCGGACCUUUCUUCCAGUAAGACUAAGCUUGAGGGUCGUGUGCAAGGCGUAGGAUGCAUAGGAUGCGUCGGAAGGUUUAAAAUCGCAUGUGCUCCCCAUGACGGGGUGAAGUCUGUAAUUUUGUGUAGAGUUACCGUUCUUCUUCUUAUCAAGGAACACCCAGAGGAGGAGAACUCAGAGGGCUUGCAGGAGGGUAGAAUAUACACCAUCGCUGGCAUGCCCGCAAUGUCGAGUGUUCCCCAUGACGGGGUGAAGUCUCUGGAGCGUUGUUUGUCAGCAAGCAGCGAUGAGAGGAAGCAGCAUCUUUAUAGCCUGAUUCAGCAAAUCAGCUCGAGGCAUGCUUCGGCUAGGCGGUUUCUGUGCAACGAGGGGAUUCUGGCGGCCAUGUCCAAUGUUUUGAUUGAAAGCAGCUCUGGAGGAGGAGAUGAUGAGGUGUGCUGUUGGUUCUACGAGUGUUUCCAGAGUGGCAACGAUGAUCUGCAAGCCAUCACGGUCGCGUUUGUGCCCCUUCUCUCUGCUGUAUACUUAGCACGCUCCUCCAGUGGAUCGGAUGAAGAGGACCUGGCUGGAUUCGAGGCAGUGCUGCUGGCUCUAUACACUGCAGAAGUCAAAGCACGGGCUGGGAAGUCAGUGACAAUCAAAGUCCCAUCGCUUUCGGCUCCAAGCAUCUACCACACCCCACCUCCACCUUCUCACAGCCAUCAUGUCACGAGAAGGAGCUGGUAUGGAGGGCGAUUGCCGCUCUCGGUUGGGAACUUACAACAGCCUCAAGGAUUUAAGACUGUGCAAAUCUCUCCACCCUUGCGGGUGCUGCAUGGUGUCAAGCCCGCGGACCGCGUGGCUGUUGUAUCUGUCGCUCUCGAGUUCUUUGUUCGCAGGAUUGCAGACAUGCCAGAGAGUUCAAAGUUUGAUUUGUGUGUGAUGGCAGAGGGAAUUGCAUUGCGGGGCUGUUUGUGGAGAGGUAUCGGAAGGCUUCCUGACCCUAUCCCAACGGAAAACAGCAGCAGUAGAGAUUCACUCAAUGGGACAGCAUCAAUGCAAGGGGUGAAUGGAGUGUCGGUUGAGAACGGGAGAGGAAAGUGGGAGGGUGAAUCAUUGGCUGCCAGUGAACACGGAGCAGAGAUUACAGCAGCUGGAGGUCGAUGGAAAUUGGGAUCAGAUGGACUUGUUGAGCAGGAAACGAGAGGUAGCAGCCGGGGGCCAGCCAGUGCCAUGAACUCUGCAACGGCUGGUUUGGCCAACUUGCGGAUAGCAACGAGGGCGAAUGACAGUGGAGGAAAUUUUGACCCUACCGAAGGCACCCCUCACAGUCACAAGAGUGGCCUGUCUGUGGACAAUGUGUGCAGAGGUGAUGGAAAGAGGAUGGGAGGGGAGGGAACUUCAGGUGCUAAUGGAUGUGGGCGAGGAGGCAAUGGCGAACAGGUUGUAGUUAAGAGAGUUGCGUUGUCCGUGGAGCUGAUGAGGCCGUUGUGCCGGGCCCUUGGUCACUGUUUGUUUGUCUCAGAAUACUCACCCACUCUCCGAGCUGCAGCCGGUUCAGCUGCACGUGCUUUGUAUGUCAGGACAUCCCAUGAUAUAGUGCCAGAGGGAAUACUGAUGACGAGGUGCUUGCUGCGAAUCCUCAAUUACUUCGAAAACAACAGUCCAGAGAGUAGCAGGUAAGCCUAACCGGUGUAACCAAAGUUUCCUUCCUUAACUGCAGAGUCAUAUCCUUGAUGCCGUAUCAACCCACCAAGGUUUGCGGGUUUUGUAAUCAGUGAAGUCGUGUUGUGAAGCUCUCUGUGCAUGGGUGCAAAUCGUGUCUGCCUUCCUGUCUGUGACGGGCUGUCACGUCGGAUUCCAUUUCUUCCUUGAUGGGAAUAGGGGACAACACACGGUUAUAUUUCAUGAUUGGCAGAAGAUUGACGUCGGGAUACCACUGAGAGCCCUGGGGCAUUUCCCGGACAUGUUUCCCUCAGUCUGAGCUGGCCCUGGUGGACUUGCAAUGGUUUGGCCAGGACCCCUGGACAGCAGUCCUGUGGUUGCAUGCCAGCAAGUGCUCGCUCCUCGGGCAACUUUUUGCAGCAGUUGAACUCAGAAACGGUGGUGUGUCUACUUGCUUUGUCACACAGUAGUUGCAGGCGGCCCCGGUGGGCUGAAGAGGCUAGAGCCGCUAGACACAUCCAAUUCUUCCCACUCAGACAUCAGUCAUCAUGUAGUCUCAUGGGCUUCAUUUUAUGUAUAAGGGAUGCUGGACCCGUUUUCCAGCAGGUGCUGCUAAUAGACUGGAGCCAUGCCCUGUCCUGCUAGCGGUGAGUGCCUGCAUCACCUCCGCUAGCAUGGUGAGAACAUAGUAAACACCAUGAAUUCUCUGGGCCAUGAUUACCGAAGGGGAAGCGGUAGCAGCUGGGAUUCUCAGUAUAUGGCACAGGUUAGCGCCGUUCUGCUUGCCUGUGCUCCCCUCGCCUUCUCACCCGUCACAUAUAAUGUGCACAGACUGCGGUCGACGGUUCUGUGGAGCCCCAGCUCUCUCCUAGAGAGAAGCACUGAGAGAGGAGGAGGGACUUUUGCUUCUUUUUUUUCCAUUAGUCGGUGCUUAGCAUUGACCACUUGUGUGUUGUAUUUUUUUCGUUUUGGAAUUUCAAUGAUUAGCACAUACUCUCUCUCCGUCUCUCUUCCAUAUGGGUCCAGCUAGUCUUGAUCUACUGAUCUUCCAUCAAGUGUGGAUCCAGUGAAUUCUUGCAAGAUGCCUCCCUCUUCAUCUCAAUUUGCAGGCAGAUGGAUUGAACUGUCAAACAAUUUAAAUGGCAGUUGAAUUGCUUCUUUCACAACAUGUAUAAUAUCUAAGAUCAGAUUUUUGUUAUUUCUUUUAUUUACUGGAUAGUCCUAUCAUCACUCGUACAUCAGAUUGAUUGUUUCUUCUUUCAUGAAAGACGUUAAGCAGGUGCCCUCAGUCAAUACGUCGAUUGAUUUAUGCAAUGCAAAUUGGCAGUCGAUCCAGUGAUUGACGGAUAGUCCUCUCCGUCGGCAUUGUGGCCUUUCCUGCUAUCUACCUAUUCGUGGCAACUCUGUCGGAGACAGAUUGGAAUUGUCUUUGGUGUUUGGUUGUCUAUUACCUUUCUGUUCUACCCUGUGGCUGGACAUUGUUGCAGUGCAGGAUAGUGGGCAGUUGUUUCCUUAAUGCGGUUGAUUACAGGCACGGAGGGGGGCAUGUGUGUGUGUGUGUGUGUGUGUGUGUGUGUGUGUGUGUGUGUGUGUGUGUGUGUGUGUGUGUGUUAGAUUUUCCCCACAAGAGCCCCAAUUCCACCCAGAAUCAAAGCAGUCUUUGUUCUAUCGCAGACAACGAGAGCAUUUGAGAUGAGACAGUCCAACAUAUUAAACAGUUUAUUAUUUUAUAAUUAGACAGUUUAUUGGUUGUCCUUGGGGUACCCCUUCCAUUUGUUCUUGCAGAUCCCUUUUUACUGUGCCUCUUACGUACAAGGCUGCCCACGUUGAUUGUCACAUCCCCGUGUGCCUUCACGGGCCACUUGCACGUUAUUUCUGUGUGUGUGUGUGCGCGCGCUUCAUACAAUUAUCUUUCAGCAUAGAGGGAGCAAGGGGAUGGUGUGGUGUAUGUUGAUUGUUUCAGCACUAGUUGUUAUACAGGCCGCUGGUGGCAUUUGGUCUCAUGGUCUUCCAGCGA